UCCGGCGUGAGGUACAAAAAUGGAGCUACCUAAACAAUUGGGCACUUUCUCAGUGACUUCGGAUGGAUUCUUUAAUGACGAUCGAAACCUGAGGUCCUACAAACCAGUGGCCGAUCGCGGACGUCUUGAUCUCGACAAGGGUUAUGAUGCAAAGUUCGUGGACUACAAAGACGAAGAAGACGACGGCGAUUUGGACAACAUUUUGAAAUGGAUUAAAAGUCAGGACCCAAACGUUUUGGCCGGUGUGGAAUUCGUGACCAGGAGAGCUAUCCUCACCAAGGUCAUGCGCGGGCAGUGGUGGAAGUUGGCGGUGACGAAGUUCAAUGGUAUCUGGUACAUCAGUACUACUGCAGUACACGAGCAGAAGACCGGGAAGCAGCCAAGCGCGGAGAAGCAGAAAGGGGACAAAAGGAAGCUCUACUGGGGUCACAAGUUCGAGCAGUACAUGACAGGAUGCGCAGACAGCCCGGAGGGAGAACCGAACACCGUAGACCUGAAUGAAGGGUUUUACACCGUGGUGAAAUACAAGCUGAAAUCCCACUCCCUCCUGUUCUCUGCUGAGGUGGACGCGAUAGGGGAGACAGGGAGCUACGUGGAGUUCAAAACAUUCGCGAUCCCGCAAAAGAAGGAUGUCGAUCAAGAAGUUAACACGAAGUUUAAGAACUGCUGGGUGCAGUCAUACCUGGCGGGAGUGGACGAAAUAGUUUUUGGUAUCCGUCGUGACGACAAGGCCAAGGGCGUGGUCACAGAGUCCCAAACAAGGAAAAUAACCGACGGAAAGGCAGAGUACGAUAGUGACUGGAAGUCGUAUGCAGACAGAUGUGACAAAUUUCUGUCUGAAGUAAAGGACUAUGUGAAGGAAGACAAUGCAAGCAUUGUCUACCUGUAUCAACAUGGACAGAAGCCAUAUAAAGAACCCAAGGCACGCCCCUUUCUGACUGUUCUGACUGCUGACGACGAGCAAUGA